AGAGCUAUGGGGAGAUUGCGGGCGUCGAUCUGAGCGGACCUCCCCCUGUGAUCAAAGCUCGGACGCCUCCACCCAUCGACUUCAACGCUGUGAACUUGAAGAGCAAGAAGAAGGAGGGAGAUGAGGAAGAGGUGGUGGGAGAGGAUGAGGAAGCUCGCAGCGAGCGCGAACUUGGCCCAAAUGGAGAAGAGAUCGUCGAGGAAGGAGAAGAUCCGAUCGAUGCCAAGUUUGCUCUUUCGCAAGAACGAAGCAAGAGGAAUACCGGCGCUACUCCUUCUGUUGGUGCUGCUACGCAAUCUGGAGCAGAGAGCAGCGCAGCUGGGUCGGACGUCGAGGCUGUCACCGAGGGUGAAGAUGGCGAAGACCUACCCGAAAGCACUGCAUUGCUCAAGCGCAAGAGAGCUGCUAGCAAUGCGAGCGAAGGCUCGGCCUCGGCGUCUGUGCCGACGAUCAGUAGACCUAGAGCGGGCAGCACGACCAGCGCCACUUCCGCGCAAACAAGAAGAAGGGCAGGCUCUUCUAGCGCUCCUGCUGCCUCGACGUCCGGCGCAGCCACUGCGGCUGGGGCCAAACAGAGAAAGACGGAGGCGGAAAAGAAACGCGCUCAGCGCGAUAGCAGACAGGAACGUGAGAAGAGGCACAGAAGAAAUGUGCCGGAUGCGGGAGAGGAAGAGGUGGUCGGCGUUAUCGAGCCUCCAACUCGUCGACAGAAUCCUCGACGCGGUUGAUGUGUUCCUCGACAGCUUCGUGUGGAGCACAUUUGCAAGCCCACAUAUUAUCUCAAGAUAUGUACAUUAGCUCAGGUACAAGAAUCGAUGUAUCAUUUUAAA